AUGUCGGUGAACGGAUUGCUGAAGGCUGCCAGGCAGUCGUUCAAAGACGACGAUCCGAACUACGUGAUAUACUGCUGCGAUAAAAUCAUCGAGGAUUUUGACAGCAAGAACUACUUUGCCCAUAUAUUUAAAGGUAAAGCUCUACACAUGUUAAAGGACGACGAAAAGGCGUUCGCUUCCUAUGAACAAGCAGCAAAGAUCAAUUCGGACGAUGUUCUUGCCUGGAAGGGAAUGCUUGAGCUGGCAAGAGAAAGCGACAAUUACGAGCAGUUUUUCAGAGUUGUUACCGGUUUUGCCAACAGCUUGCUUGCCAAAAAUGAUAGUUUGACUGAAGUGGUGACAGCAGUGAGGGACUACCUCAAGAAAUUCAAGAGAAAAGUUCCUAUCUUGACAGAAUACUACUUGCGCCAGAUCAUUCCAGGUUCUGAGUUUGGAGACUUGAUGGGCCAGAUGUUUGAAAAACCAGAAAUAGCAUUAUUCCAACUGAUCAAUAUCGUGGAGCAAAAACAGAGUGCCUACAUUAAAUCGGAGCUUUUCAAGAAGAAGCUGACCGGAAUUUCCAAUAUGUCUGACAAAAACCAAUUGGCCUAUAACCGUGUGAUCACUACUGCGCAUAAGCAAUUUGGACUUGUGGAACUCUGUGAGAGAUACAUCGAUAUGUGUUCAGACGAUUAUCACCGCAAGAAAAUGGAAUCAAGAUUGUUAGAACUCAGGUUCGAACAACUGAAAGCCGCUCCAGAUGCAGAAAAGAAACAACUUUAUCUGGAAGUGUAUGAUAUGGUGGAAGGAAUGGUUGUGGUGCAGAGCCCUUCUCAGCUGGCCUGGGAUCUAUACUUUGAUUGGAAAGAUUUGAAAUCGUUCGAGUCUCUGGACCUGAUUUUGGUCGCGGACUACAUCAAGCUUUUCGGAAACGUGGGAUUAGGUGCUGUGCUUUUUGCAUUUGUUUCCUCAGAUAUUUCUCCAUUUGACAGACAGAAGGUCAAGGAAUACCUCAGAGUGGAAAAGAAGUCUAAAAAGAACAGGUUUCGUAAGAAAAAGCGUGUUUUGAAAAACAUCAAAACUGCCGAGGAGGUCGAAGAAGACCCGAACGGAGAAGCUCCAAUAGCGAUUGAAGAAUCAGAAGAAACAACAGACGCAGAUGAUCUCUCCCCUGCAGAUGUUUUGGAACUGAUGAUCCAGGGUAUAAAAGUUGCAUCUGAGUCCCUGCUUGCACAUAGAAUCGUCACAGCGUAUUAUCUGCAUUUGAGAGAAUACGAGACCGCCCUCGACUACGCAAAGCAACUUGUGACCCUGGUUUCAAAGGAACAAAAGAAACUCAAGCUAGACUUCCCAAACACAACAAAAGACUCACUUUUGAGUCUUGCAACGACAUAUACAUAUUAUGAGACCCCUAGACAUUUCUCCCAAGCUCUGAAACUCUACGAUUCUGUGCUGGGCAAGAGUCCCACUGAUGUUCAAGCAAGAAUCGGAAAAGGUUUAAUUUUAGUGGAGCAGAAGGACUACAACGCUGCUGCUAUUCUCUUAGGCAAAGUGUUAGACGAUGCUCCAGACCAUCUCCAAGCGAACAUGGAAUACAGUUGGAGUAUUAUUCAGAUUGGAGAGUACGCCAAGGGACGUGAAAAAUUAGACAAGGCGUACAAGAUGAUCGAUGGAACUGACCCUAAUUCUCUAGAGAUUCGUGGCAACACUCUUUGGCGUAUAGCGGAAUCGUAUCUUAUGGAGGCUAGAGAUACAGAGAGUCCAGACGAAGAGCAUGUUGCAGCACUGGUGAAGAGUGCGUUCGAUUUACUGAUCGAAGCACUGAAACAAUCAGAGUCACUCUCUGCACCAUACAGCUCGUUGGGUUACAUCUAUUUGACUUACUAUGACAACAAUACGCGUGCGCUAAAAUGUUUCUCCAAAGCUUUUGAGUUGAACGCCGGUGACAUGCUUGCAGCCAAAGAGCUAUGCAAUUAUUUCAGCUCCCAGAAAGAUUGGGAGAUGGUUGAAGUGGUUUGCCAGAGAGUGGUCAAUAGCGAGCAAGGAAGAAGGGCUAUCUUGAGCUUGGAGUCUGAUGGAUCCUGGCCUUACAGAAUGUUGGGAUGUUCAUCUCUUGAGCGGCAAGAUGAUAGCAAAGCUAUUGAAUUAUUCCAAAAUGCUUUGCGUAUCGAUUCCGCAGAUAUCGAUUCCUGGAUUGGAUUAGGCGAAGGAUAUUUGGCUCGUGGACGUUUGGAUGCAGCCUUAAAAGUUUUCAACAAGGCCUUGGAGAUUGCGCCUGAUAAUUGGCAUGCAACGUACUUGCUGGCUGUGAUAUUAGGCGAGAUGGGAGAGUUCCAGGACGCUAUCUUCCACUUGGAGACGAUUGUUGCAAAAAGACCCGAGGAAACUUGUGUUUUCGUGAGACUCGCGGAGACACUGGUCAUGAAGACAGACUACGAAAUCAGCAACAGCCACAUUGCUCGUUCCUUAGAUACAGCCUUGAAAGCGAUCGAGACGUUCAAGGUUGCCGUCAAGUUGGACCCAUCUUCCCCGAACUUGUGUCGACUUGUCGGAGAACUAUUGAAGUUGACCCUGAUGGUGGAGUCUCAUAUCGACAAACUUCCAUUCGAUGAUCUGAACAGUAUUUUUGAAAACAACUCGGCACUGAAGACCACCAAACUGCUUACAGAGAUUGGAGAUAGCGCAGAGUUUGAAGCUUUGAAGGAUAGUCCGAUCAAGACCGAAGCUACUUGCUAUUUUUUGAUACAGAGUGCAAGAAUUGGAGUCUCCAUCACUGGUGACGGGGCUCCGCGUCUUCUGCGAUCGUCUACAGCAUACAAUUUAGGUGUUGCAUAUUUGGCUGCAUUCUUGAAGUUGGAGAAAAAAGAGCUCCAAGAGAGCGCUAUUAAGGCUUUCAAGAACGCCAUUCUUUUGGAGAAUGAUAACCCAGAGUACUGGAAUUCUUUGGGAGUUGCUUCGUUGAGCCAGAACGCCAAAGUGGCUCAGCAUUGUUUCAUCAAGGCUUCGUCCCUCUCACCACGUGAUCCAAUUCCAUGGACUCAUCUGGCUGUUCUAUACAUGCAUUAUGGAGACAUGGACCUUGCCAACCAGUGCUUCCUCCGUGUUCAAUCACUUGCACCAGGACAGUCCAGCUGUUGGACCGGAAGAGCGUUGGUCGAGGAAGCCAACGGAAACGAGCAAAAUGCAUCCCAGCUGCUUACCCACGCCCACGUCAUGUCCAACGGAAAGAGUCCAUUGUCGAUGUUCCUUUACAGUUUGUCUGUGGUGAAGAGUAUUGUUGGCACCGAGACCACGGAAGAGAAUCUGGAUGCGGUUCAGGAACUCGACGUGGCCAACUUGUCGAUUCUCACGUACCUCAAGUACUAUCCUAACGACAAGCUGGCUCUGAACGUGGCCAUCUUGCUGAUUGAGCGUGUUCACGAUUUCUCAACAGGACUUCAAUACUCUCAACAACUGUGCGCUAUCUUAGAGCACAAGCACGAAACAGACCAGUCUGAUGAUCUCGUUACCUCGUUGGCCACCGCCAAAGCACAGAUUUCCAGAAUGUACUUGGGAGCACAGGAAUACGAGCUUGCCAUCGAAGCGAGCGAACAGUCUAUGGAACUGAUCGAGUCUGUUGACGGACUAUCUGAUGAAGUCCAGAAAAUCAUGCUGUCUUCGCUGGCCGUUCUAGGACUCUCAUUCUUCUUCAAAGGAGACUUUGACUCAUCUGUCGAGGAGUUCAAAAAGAUUCUGGAAUCGUUCCCAGACUCGCAAAGGGUGGUUGUUCUGAUCGCACAGGUUCUGUACGACUACAACUCCGAAGACACAAAGCAGGCUGCCAUUGACGAGCUGUUCAACCAUAUCGAGAGCUUUGGUAGCUCGCUAUUGGUUGCACUCACACUGGCCUCGAUAUCGUUGGUGGAGGACUUGGAAGAGUUCUAUCCUGCCAUCAAAGAAGAGCUAGAGUCUUUGUCAUUGAAACAGCUUAUCGAUGAUACUUCAAGCAGCGUUCCGUUCUUCCUGGACUUGCUGAACCAGAAAAUGGACACUAAGAAGACCACCAUUUGGCAAAGAAACGCCAUUCUGUUCCCGUCCGACGCCAAAACAUGGAAGAAGCUCAACAAGCACGUCCACUUGAACGUGUGUCUGAACUCAAAGGGCGUCGGUGCAGACGAGCUCAGCAGCGCAUACCUGGAAAGAGGAGAACUGAGAGGAAUUCAAAGAGCCCUGCUCUUGAACCCAAGCAGUGCAGACGGCUACGUCGCUUUGAAAGGAUGCUCAUAA